UUUCUUUUUUUUUUUUUCGGAGCUGGGGACCGAACCCAGGGCCUUGCGCUUCCUAGGUAAGCGCUCUACCACUGAGCUAAAUCCCCAGCCCAAUAAAAAUAAAAUUUUAAAACCUUUGAAACUUCAGAUAUAUUUUUAAGGGACAGGGGAACUGGGAAAACUCUCACCUAGGGUUGGUCAAAUUUUUCACAGAGAGAAAUGCAUCUUUAACUGACCCAAUCAUUUUUUGCUUACAGAUGGAUUUCUGUUGGUUCAAGGACAGCCAGGGCUACACAGUAAGCCCUGUCUCAAACAAACAAACAAAAAAACACCCGGGCUGUUAAAAACAAUCUAAGUGCUAAGGGUCUGCCCCAUUGGACAUAAUGUCUUCCUCACACACAAAGCUUCUGGUGUCAUCCCUGCACUGCAUAACUGGGUGUGGUGGUGCACGCCUGUGAUCCCAGCAUUGAAGAGAAUGGAAGCAGGAGGGUCAGAAGUUCAAGAUCACCCUUGGCUACACAGGGGGGUUCUACCUUUCUGCAAACCACCACCAACAACAACACCACCAACACCAGACUAUUGUUUCUGUAAGAACAGAAUACUUGUGAGUCUUCGGGUUUCUCUGGACCAGACACUACUCUCACCCCUAAACCCGGGCCACACACCCAUGACGGGAAACUAAGAGAGCCAGCUCAUAACUGUGUACUUAAUCUUUAACCUUUGCUUGGUCUCUGCACUUUGUGGCAAAGCUGCAUCCUAUGUAACUUCGGAAGCCACAAAAUCAGAUGUAUAACGACUAUAAGACUCCUAAGUGUGACUCUCUCCCUUGAAAAAGCCAUCCCUAAGUGAGGGGUGUUUAGUGUUAUCCCUAUUUCCCAUAUGUAUGGCAUAUGCAUCUAUGAUGUGCUAGAAAAACAUGACUUACCACUGAAACAUAUACAUGACUCAUUUUUUUGGUGUGUGUGAAACAAGGUCUCCCUCUGCCUGCACCAUCACUAAUCUCUUUAACUGGCACAAUGGGAUGAGUGGCUGCGCUUAGCUUUUUGGAGACAUUGGAGCCCUAGGUUUUGCCCUAAAAACUCUGGAUACAGGGUGGAGAUGUGCUCAGUGGCUAAGAGUGCCUGCUGUUCAUUGAGCGAUCACAGGUUGGAUUCCCAGAACCCCAGCAGCUCACAAACAGAUACAACUCCAGUCCCAGGGAGAUCCAACACCCUCGACAGGCAUCUGCAUUCACGUAGUGCACAAGCACUACGUCUUUUCUUUUGUAAAUCUGGAUUUAAAAGUACAGGAAAGGUAGCUGAAAUGACAGGUCCCGUCCCUCUCAUCCUUAGACAAAGCUUCCCUGGUCUGCAAAAAUGACCGGGACGCAGACCUCAGGACCACCACUACUGAUUUCCCAGUACUCCCUCAAGCACAAGCUUACGGAACCCAGCGUUAAGUCCCGGGGCCCACAGGGAAAAAGAAGGGGCAGCCCAAGGCCGGAAGUGGACGCACUCCAAGGAUGCUUCAGCAAGUCGCCCGAAAGCCAACGCCCAAUCCCCUGACAAAGAUUUUCAAGGGAACUGCUGCUGAUCAAGGUCUCAGCGGGCCUCGCGCAGUGACCCCGCCCCCUUUGGCCGCGCGCUGUUUGUGUCAUCAAGGAGCGCCGGAAGUGGGCUCGGUUUCUCCCGAGACCCCGGAAGUGACGGCUUCUAGUGUUUGCUAAGGCUUCUGACUAUUGCUAAGGCUUUUGACUCCGGCUUUGGGAUGGGUUGCGACGGAGGCACAAUCCCCAAGAGGCACGAGCUGGUGAAGGGGCCGAAGAAGGUCGAGAAGGUUGACAAAGAUGCCGAACUGGUGGCCCAGUGGAACUACUGUACUCUAAGUCAGGAAGUCCUGAGGCGCCCAAUAGUUGCCUGUGAGCUUGGCAGACUGUAUAACAAAGAUGCUGUCAUCGAGUUUCUGCUGGACAAAUCUGCUGAGAAGGCCCUAGGGAAGGCCACCUCACACAUUAGAAGCAUCAAGAAUGUGACAGAGCUCAAGCUGUCUGACAACCCUGCCUGGGAAGGAGAUAAAGGGAACACCAAGGGUGACAAGCAUGACGACCUUCAGCGAGCACGGUUCAUCUGCCCUGUGGUGGGCCUGGAGAUGAACGGCCGGCACAGGUUUUGCUUCCUCCGAUGCUGUGGUUGUGUGUUUUCUGAGCGCGCCUUGAAGGAGAUAAAAGCUGAAGUUUGUCACACAUGCGGGGCUGCCUUCCAGGAGGAGGACAUCAUUGUGCUCAAUGGCACCAAGGAGGAUGUGGAGAUGCUGAAGAGGAGGAUGGAAGAGAGGAGGCUGCGGGCCAAGCUGGAGAAGGCUUCCCCACACCACCACAGCCUCCAAAGGUUUCUUUCUUCUUACAGAAAACAAAGAAACCGAAGACAGCCGAGAGUGCUUCAAAGCUGGGCAUCUCACAAGACUCUGCAGGGCCAUCAAAGGCGAAGGCGGGCAAGUCUGAGGAGGCGGACCCCGAUCCUAGGGAGAAGAAAAGCUCCUUGGCGCCCAGGGGCACAGCAUCUAAUGGCAGUGCUUCUGGGAAAGUUGGCAAGCCCCCAUGUGGGGCCCUGAAGAGAUCCAUCGCAGACAGUGAGGAGUCUGAAACCUACAAGUCCAUCUUCACAAGCCACAGCUCUGCCAAGCGCUCCAAGGAGGAGUCUGCCCACUGGGUCACCCACACGUCCUACUGCUUCUAAAGCCCAGCUGGGCCCUCGCCACAGGGCUUCCCUGUGGCCCUCAGGGCCACACUUGCUUGGUGUGGCAUCGUGCUAUAAAGCUGUCCUCUGCAAUCUUCGACCGGCGUGGUCACUUGCUGUGAGAUCUUGUGGGUCCUGGGAGUGAGAAGUCCCACACCUGCCCACAGGCUGUCCCUCCACUUAGCCCGGAGACUGCUGCUCUUUAGCUAACAGAAAGCUCUGACUCCUCACUGUGUGCUCAGCUCAUUUCCGAAAUCAGAGUGGUCAAGGGGGAAGGCCCUGAGCUUAGGGACAGACUCCAACAGUCUUAGACCUUGGUCCUCGUGAGAGAGGAAACACACCUGACUGCCUGGUACAAACCAAAGCCCUUUCUCUCGUCUUCCUUCUCUCUCCAAUACCUUGAUAAGAAAUGGCAGCCAUGUAGGUGAUGGUGGCAGGCAGGAAUGGCUCCUUUGCCAUCCCCACCGUUAAACUCGGAACCUCUGUAACACUUCACAGGGCACGAUAGAACUGCCUCUAGGCCAGUUCCAAAACCUGCUUCUGGGCUGGGCAGCUGGCUCCCUCAGUGGACACUUGUGGACCAGAGUUUGGGUCCCCAGAACUUUUAUAAAAGCCCAGUGAGCCCUUAACCAGCCUGGGAUCCCAGCCCUUAAGAGGCAGACGUGAGAUUCCCUGGGCAAGGUGCUAAGUUCAGAGUUUGGGGAGACCCUGCUCAGAAACUAGCUGGAGUGCAAUUAAGAGAUUCCCAGUGUCAGCCUCUGGCCUCCACACAUGCCCACAAACCUGCAAACCCCUAAAGGCCCUGUUCCCAAAACAAACAUGGUGGCAUGUGUAGUCCAAGCUGUCAGAAGGCUGAGGCAGGAAGAUCACAGAGAGGUCAAAGCUGGCAGGGUUACAUAGCAGGACCUCACCUCAGGAAGCAACCCAAGAAAAGCACCUGCUCCCACUGCCCCUGGGUUUCUGCUUGCAAGGGAUGAAGCUUGGCCCCAAACACGUAGCAUUUGUUCUGGGACAGUGCUGGGGGCGCUGUGGAAGUGUGCAACAGGACAGGGUGUGAAUGAGUGUCGUCCAAGAGAACCUGGGCGCGUGACCUUUGUACUUAGAAAUUCAAAAUAAAGGUUGUAGAAAUGUU